AUGUAUCUUCCCAAGUCUCCAAAUUUCUCCAGAUCCUUCGCCACUUCUCGCAACUGGAGGACCCAAAUCCAACAAAAUCAACUCGCUUCCCAAAUCUCUUCCACUCUCUUGCAGAGACGCAACUGGAUGUCCCUCCUCCAGAGCCUCAAUCUCUCCUCUAAACUUAACCCAUCUCUGUUCCUCCAAAUCCUCCACAAUAUCCAAACUCAGCCUCAAAUCUCACUGCAUUUCUUGCAUUGGGCCAAAUCAUAUCUAGGGUUCCGGCCUGAUCUCAAAUCCUACUGUCAUGUCAUUCGAAUAGCCGUUGGUUCUGGUCUUUAUCCAUCUGCAAAACUCCUCUUGGAUUCUUUGAUUCGGGAAUACCCUGCACCUGCUAUUUCAGAGAGUAUGGUCAGAGUGAGUAAAGGUAGAACUAGAGAUUCAUUAUCUGUUGUGCUAAGUUUUGUUAUUGAACGUUAUUCGGAAAAGGAUCUUUUCAUGGAAGGGUUAGAGGUAUUUAGGUCGAUGAGGCUUCGUGGUUGUGCUCCCACGGUUCGAUCCUGCAAUGCGCUUCUUGAUGCUUUGCAGAGAGAGAACAAGAUUCGGCUGGCUUGGUGUCUCUAUGGUGCCUUGAUUCGCUUCGGCUAUAGACUUGGUCGCUCUACGUUGUCAAUUGUUACUCAGAUUUUGAGUAAAAAUGGAAAGUUUGACACAAUUGGCAGAUUGUUAGACUCUGGGAUUUAUGAUUCGAAAAUUUAUAAUAUUGUCAUUGUUCAAUCCUCGAUGGAGCAUGUAAACUUGAUGAUGUUGAAGUUGUGGAGAGGAUAA